AUCAUCUCUCAGCAUCCUCCUCCUCUGACAGGGACACAUCCAGCGCAGUACUAGAGAAUACAUCCUAGUUCUCCUACCACACACGCACACGUCCUCCUGUAGAUACACAAGAGCAUAACACCGCCCGGGUUCAUUUUCUGAUCACCCGCUCAUUGGACAUUGAUGCAUUUGCAUCCGCGGACACUGUAGCGGUCCCUGCAGAUCGUUAUUGCUUUCAUUUCCCUCCUUCCCGCAUACAAACCAGCGUUACAAGAUGGCUGAGCUGAAUUUGGGGAAAGGGCUAACCGCUGGGAAAGUGGCCAGUAACGUCCAGAAGAAGCUGACCAGAGCUCAGGAGAAGGUUCUACAGAAACUGGGCAAAGCCGACGAGACCAAAGAUGUAGCCUUUGAGGAAGGAGUCAUCAACUUCAACAAACAAUAUACUGAAGGCAGCAAACUCCAAAGGGAUCUACGGGCAUACCUGGAGGCAGUAAAAGCAAUGCAUGAGUCCUCCAAGAACCUGCAGGCGUGUCUUGUCGACAUGUAUGAGGAAGAUUGGUACGGCAAUAAUGAGGUGGAUUCCAUCGCAGAGGACUGUGAUGUUCUUUGGACCGAUUAUCACCAGAAGUUGGUUGAUCACGCUCUGAUCUCCAUGGAUACUUACCUGGGCCAGUUCCCUGAUAUAAAGGCUCGCAUUGCUAAGAGAGACCGGAAGCUGGUGGAUUAUGACAGUGCCAGACAUAACUAUGCUGCAACACACAAGACCAAGAAAAAGGACGGGGGCAUUAAAAUUACCAAGCCGUCUAGCUUGCUGGAAAGAGCCACCCCAGGGUGGGCUCAAGGAAUCCUGUCUGCACACAAUGUUGCUCAGAGCAGUCUCUCCAGAAGCCAGGCUGAGGAGGAGUUGGAAAGAGCCCAAAAGGUGUUUGAGGAGAUUAAUCUUGACUUGCAAGAGGAGUUACCUUCCCUCUGGAACAGCCGUGUUGGGUUUUACGUCAGCACCUUCCAGAGCUUGGCGGGGUUCGAGGAGAAGUUUCAUAAAGAAAUGAGUAGGCUGGAUACAGAUUUGUAUGAUGUCUUGGUAAAACUGGAGACAACAGACACAACCAGCAAAGCAGGUAACCGCAAUAUCUCGGCAUCGGGACCAAGCCUGAGUGGAAAGGAAGCAACUAACCACACCCUCAGACCAGGAGGACCACCUCCGAUCCCAAAAUCACCAUCCAAGUUGAAACCAGCAGUGCCUCCUCCACCAAAGGCGACCCCGUCCAAGGAAUUAAAAACAGAGAACAUCAUCAACCUGUUUGAUGCUGCAGCAACUCCUGAUAUUAGCGUCACCUCACCUACAGAGCCUGCAAACUGGGACUCAUGGCAUGAGGACAAUGAAGCCCCUCAAGAAGAAACCAAGAUGCACUAUGAUCCUGUUGCUGCUGCUGUUGAGGCCUGGGGAGACGAUGGUACCCAGCCAAUCCACUAUGACCCCAUAGCAGCUGCCACGGAGGCCUGGGGGGAUGAUGAACCUGAACCAGUCCAGGAUGACCCUGUGGUUGCUACCCAGGAGGGGUGGGGGGACAAUGCCACCCAAGAGGCCAGCUACGAGUCUGUGGCUGAGGCAGAAGAAGGAUGGAAUGAUGACAGAGACCAGCCAGUGACAGAGGAGCUUACUGCAGAUGAAACACCUGCUGAGGAAGCUAAUGUAGCUGAGGAGGAAACCCCCCCAGCUGCUGCUGUGAUGGAUAAUGAAGAGGGUCAGGGUGAGACGUCAACUGCUGCUGCACCAGCAGCAGAGGAAACCGUGACAGAGGAGACACCUGCAGCAGCUGCAGAGUCAACAGAGGUGUCCGCAGAAACUCCAGAAAUGCCUCCUGGCUUUCUGUUCAAGGUCCAGGUGAUGCACGAUUAUGCAGCUAACGAUACAGACGAACUCGAGAUGAAGGCUGGUGAUGUGGUCCUAGUGGUCCAUUUUGAUAACCCUGAGGAACAAGAUGACGGCUGGCUCAUGGGAAUGAAAGAAGAUGACUGGAAACAGAACAAGGAAAAUGCAGCUAAAGGAGUAUUUCCUGAGAAUUUUACCCAGAGGCUGUGAAAGAGGAGGGAACCUUCCUGUUAUUUCUGUAGUUUUUCUUGCCUCCAUCCUUCUCCUCUCGUGCCCCGAUACUGUAUGUCAUACUCGGACUUUGGCCAUACGAGCAGAGCCGUCAUAGCUCUGAAUGAAACCAUGCAUUUUUAAGGUCUGCCGCACAGUGGAUCUUGGCAUUUCUAUAGAUUUCUGCAAACUUUUGUGGAUGACAGAUGUAGCCAUUUCACUGCUCCUGAUGUUUGGCUGAAAACAUUUCUACUCAGCUCUUGAGGAUAUUGUUAUAUGACCAUACAUCUAACAUGAUCACACAGGAUUAUUUAUAGGGAAGGUUAAUGGCCACAGCUGGCAUAUUAUAACACCAAUCUGUCUAAACUGAAAAAAGAGAAACUGAGCGCCAUUUUUACAUAUUAGUGUUGCAGAGAACCCUGACAAUUAGAGAAAAUGAACACCUAUAGAAACCAAAAUAGUUAAAAAAUAUCUAAAUUGGUUAAUAGAGAGUGGAGGACACAAUGUAAAUGUGUUGUAAAUGUUAAGCUAAUUAAAAAUUAAUUCAGUAAUUUAAAAUGUUUCAAAAUAACUCUUUAAACAUUUUCAAGCUAUUUAUACAAUAGUUAAAAUUUUACCUCAGCAGAAAUGCAGAAAAUGUCUUUUUAAGGAAAGACUACUUGAGCUAAGUUGGUCAAGAAGCAUUUUCAAAAACACAACAUUUGUGGUUAAAUUAUAGACAGAUGAUUUAAAACAUCCAUGCCAUUCAUUAUCCACGUUCCUUUGUGUUUUCUUGUUAAGAAGAUAGGUUAAAGAAUUUGUGAUGGAGAAAUUUUUAUAAGAUUCUGUUUAUAAAGAUGAUACAAUAACUCCAAAAGCAGCAGUUCCAAAAGGGAGGCUAAAAAUGUCCAAACUGACUUCAUUUUUGUGGGUCCAAAGUUGUGGUAUGUUUACAUCUAACUUUCAACAUGUCUGACGUUUUUCAAGUUUAACAAAGAUUAAAAUGGCCUAAUUUUCCAGACAAUUAAAAAUAAAAACAAAGUGACUGUGUUGUAGGACAAGAAAAUAUUUCCAAAUUUUUAAUACUAAGAUUGUGAAUUUUUCUCAAAUUUGAUAACAGUCAUAACAAUUAGAUAUUAAACUACAGUAGUUUUAAAAAAUAUAUUUAUUUUACGGCCAAAAAACAUUUUCCACAACUUAAACAAUCAAGGUAUUACAGCUCUCAAUAUGUAAGCAAAGAAAGUCACAAAAAAGGUCACCAGACCACAAUUUAUAUCUAUGUUCUAACACUACAUUGUGAGCAGGCUGAUAGAAGAACGUGAUUUCUUUAAAAGACGGAGGUGUGCAAAAAAAACAGUUAAAUCAAUAUGUGGGAACUAAGAUAUGAAAAUAUAUAUUUAAGUUGAUUUUUGAAUUUUUUGAAGUUGCAAUGAAUUUUAGAUAUGCAUGAUCAUGGCCAGCUAAAAUGCUAGUCAACAUCAUUUCAAGAAGCUGCUACCGGUAGUAAUAUAGUCAACAGUAAUCAAAUGUUUAACUGAGCCAGCCUCAAUCAUUUAAAAUGUUUUUUUUUCUUAAAAAAAGUGCCGAAAACAGUUCCCUCUUCUUGCAUAGAGACUACUAAACUCAAAUGCAAAGAAUUCAAAAUAUAUGCACCAGAGCAACUUCUUUUAUUUUUGUAUGCUGCCAAGCAAUGAUUACAUAUUAUCUAAUAUACAUAUAUCAACAUAAUUGCCAACUGAGGAUGUUAUGGAGUAUUUUGUACUUCUGUAAGGUUUAUUGCUCUCAAUGUAGCUGUGUAGGUAGUUAAAAUAACCAGUCAAACAUCCAGUUACCAACUGAAAGAAGUUUUAUGAUUCUCAUUUCAUUGAUAAUGUGUAAUAAGUGUGAGAGAAAAAAUGUGUUUGAAUGAAUUUGUGUAUACAAGUUGUUUGAGAAAAACAUAAAUCUUUAUCUAUAGACUAUUGUUACUGGACAAUACCAUCAAUUCUCCCAAUGCAGGGAUGGGGAAGAUGGUUGUUGGUUUUGCAGAAAGUCUUUCUGAUGGGACAGAAGCAAUUCCAGCACUCCACAGGCUGGUAUUAUGGUUCCAGGUGUUAUUGUGCAUCUUGUUGUGUAUAGGUGUAAUUUUGCCAAGCUGUGAUGGCAGACACAUAUUCUAAGAAGACAUUCAUAUCUGUAUGUGAGUUACUGUGAGCAUGCUGACUUCCCAUGUGUUGUUGUGUGUACCUGAAGACAGUGAUACUUGGAUCGCUUUUGAGGCAGAUCGACAAAGCAACUUUGAGUUUUUAUUACUUUUACUUGCCUUUUUCUUUACUCUUUGUAAGAGGGAUGCUAUGGGCACUAACACUGUUUGACGUUCCACUACUGUCUCUGAAAUAUGAUUGCUGAAUUUUCAUCUGCCUUGCCUCAAAAUAUUGCUAGGUAUCGUGGUCCCAACAGGCUUAAACUAGCAGGAGGCAGCUUUCAUAGAGAUACUGUACGUCUAAAGCCACCAGACUCAGGUAAAGAGGUUUUCGUAUGGUUUUCAGUACACUUCUGACAUGAAUUUUUACUCACCAUAUUAAAACUGCAUACUUCAUAUGUAAUUUUGUUUUGAUGUACUUUGAUGAACGUUUUACCUGGGUCUGAUUGUUUUUUAUCAUUAUGGAUCAGUCUCCUGCAUUGAGGUGUUACAUCUGACAAAAAGAAGUUUUUCCUGUACCCAACUGACCAAUACCAAGAAUAAUAAAUAACUUUAAAAACAUAA